CAACUUCAACGUGACAAAAUCCUCGUAUCUUAUCAAUGGACCGUAUUAGGCGCAUUGUUGAAGUAGUACCUUCGAUAGCCGGGCAGCAUCAGAGUCAGCCACAAGUGGAAGGAAUGCAGCAGCAGAGAGUUGAGGAAAGAAUAGAUGAAGGUGGGAAAAGGCGCAUGAUGAAAGGAGUGAAACUAAUAGCUAAAGCAUUGGAGGAUGUGGAAAGGUCUGCCCGUAAGAAAGCGAGUGGCAGAGCAGGUUUUUUUGAUUGCAACAUAUGCCUCUCCACAGCAAAAGAUCCUGUCUUGACUUGCUGUGGUCACAUGUUUUGCUGGCCAUGCUUUUAUCACUUGCCAUUAUGUUCCUAUGUAAAUGCAAGGUUGUGCCCUGUUUGUGAUGGAGAGGUCAUUGAAACCAACAUUACUCCAAUUUAUGGUAAUUCCAGUGGCAGUGACGAUUCUGAUGUAGCUUCUUCGAUAGUUCCUCCUCGACCUGCUGCACCCAGAAUUAACAGUUUUAGUUAUUACUUUUAGGUACCUUAAGGAGGUUCAGGAAUAUAUAUGUCAUUAUGACUGAAAGAACCAAUCACUUCAUAUUAACACCUCUUCGGCUGUUGACUCUCAAAUCCAGUCAACAGAUGGAUCUCUCAUAUGACAUAAGUCACUUUGUUGUGGUGUACUAUACCAGAGGAUUUAAAGCUUUGUUCUUUAUACAUUCCACCAUCUUAUCUUGAAACCCAAGUAGACAACAUUCUAAACAUUCUUAUUUCUAUCUCAACUACAUUAUCUGUCAGUAGUUUUCACAUUAUUUUCUCUGUUUUUUUUUUUUUUUUUAUAUUUGAUUAUAUUUUUAAUGAAUGCGACCUUAAUUUCCAAAUUUUUAAGAAAAUAUUUUAUUCCUCAU